AUGUCCAAACAGACUUACAUGCUUUGCAUUGAACCUCGUGUCCGUACCGAUGUUGCAGCUUUGGUUGUUUUAUUAUCUCACGAGGAUCAAAUCAAUGAUGUGAUGUUGGGUCAACAGGGUGUUCUUGCAGGGUUACAACAAGGGUCAGUCAUCAUCCUGCGUUCAACUAUCCUGCUGUCACGUAUCCGGAAUCUGGAGAAACGUCUCACUGAGGGCAGGGUGAGAGCAUAUUUAAUAGAUGCAUAUGUCUCCAGGGGAAUGUCUGAAGUUUUAAAUGGAAGAAUCAUGAUUGCUUGCUCAGGAAGUUCUAAGGCCAUUGCAAAGGCACAACCAGCUCUUUCUGAUGAAAUUCAUUUUAUGAACUGCAGUUGUUUUAUUGGGGCAUCGCAUCAGCUUCCUUUUUGGGAAGUUGGUGGUGGAAGUAAAACUAAAAUGGUGAAUGAGCUGCUUGAGGGCAUUCACCUUGUUGCUUCAGUGGAGGCUACUUCUCUUGCUGUUCAAGUUGGAAUUCAUCCAUGGAUAUUCUAUGACAUUGUUGCCAAUUCUUCAGGAAAUUCUUGGGUCUUCAAGACUUACGUACCCCAGUUUCUGAGAGGUAAUACCGAGACUAAUUCCCAUGGUACUUUGGUCCAAAAUCUGGGUAUGGUUUUGGAUAUGGCCAAAACACUUACAUUUCCUCUUCCACUUUUGGCUGUAGCUCAUGAACAGCUUAUUUUUGGCACUUCAUAUGGUCAGGGAGAUGAUAAUGAUGUCAAAUUGCUCCAGGUUUGCCAAAAGUUCCUUAGGGUAAAUAUUCAAGACGCAGCCAGUGCGGAAUCCUACUGCCCUGAGCAAUUGGCCGGCCAAUUUAAAGCGAAAUCUUCUUCUGUGAAGCGAGUUGGUUUCAUUGGCCUUGGGGCAAUGGGAUUUUUCAUGGCAACUCACCUGCUAAACUCAAAUUUCAGUGUCGUUGGUUAUGAUGUCUGCGAGCCAAUACUGACACGAUUUGCAGAUGCCGGAGGAUUGAUUGCCAACUCCUCAGCAGAAGCAUCCAAAGAUGUUGAUGUACUUGUAAUCAUGGUCGUAAAUGAAGAUCAAGUUGAGGAUGUUUUGUAUAGAGAUCUAGGCGCAGUUCAAGCCCUUCCGUCAGGAGCAUCUAUAGUCCUCUCUUCUACCCUGCCUCCUGGAUUUGUGAGUCAACUAGACCGACGCUUACAAAAUAAAGGCCAAGGUUUGAAAUUAGUGGAUACUCCUGUUUCUGGCGGUGUUAAGAAGGCUGCAAAUGGAACACUCACGAUCAUGGCUUCAGGUACUGAUGAAGCUCUUCAAUGCACUGCUUCAGUUCUCUCAGCGUUAAGUGAGAAGCUCUAUGUCAUCAAAGGAGGUUGUGGGGCUGGAAGUGGUGCAAAGAUGGUUAAUCAGUUACUUGCUGGAGUUCAUUUGACAUCAGCAGCUGAGGCAAUGGCAUUCGGAGCUCGAUUAGGUCUCAAUACAAGGAUGCUGUUCGAUUUCAUCAUGAACAAUAGAGGAGCAUCCUGUCUGAGCUUCAAACCGUUUACCCUUUACGCGGGAGUUGUAUGUCGCGAAUCCUCAUCCCGGAAAGUUCCUGUUCAUAUUACAGCUGUUGCACACCAACUUUUCCUGGCAGGCUCUGCUGCUGGCUGGGGUCGGCAAGACGAUGCUGCGGUGGUUAAGGUUUACCAGACAUUCACAGGUGUUAAAGUGAAAGGAAAACUUUGGGGGAAUCAUGAAAAACCUCCUCUGUAUACAACAUGUUCCUUUGCACCCCUUCGUUUCAAGAACCACUACACAUUUCAUCCUCAAGUUAUGGGAUUAAGGUUUUUGUCAGUCUAA